AUGACUGUCUGGGAGCAUGUUCUCCUGCUGGCUGGUCCUCUUCUAUUGCUCUUGUUGACAGCUAUUGCGGGGUGGGUAGCUCUCUCUGUCUUAGUACUCCCAAUGAAGCUUCCACUGACUCAGGCCAACAGCUAUGCCUACUCUCAAAUUAACUACCUCAACCUCCCCAUCCCUCAGGCACUCGCGCUCUUCACCAUUGUCCUUCCGUUGAUUACCGGCGUCUCGACACAAGGUGUCUACAGCCUGAUCCGGCAAUCGACGAAAAACGAACAGUUCCGGCUCACCAUACCCCUCAUCGCUGUCAUCGGCUUCCAGCUAAUUUACGAAACCAUCGUUGCUACACUCGCAUUGACGCACAUGAUACCACCGAAUGCAUUGAGUUGUGAACUCGACCACAGGUGGGCGAAGCUAUUCAGAAAUAAAGAUACUCGAGGGAUUCGGACGAUCCAAGAUACCUUCGAGUGUUGUGGUUUGAACAGUGUAGUGGACCGCGCCUUUCCUUUUGGACAGCCUUCUACUUGUGCAACAACUUACGGAAGGAGCCACAGCUGUUUUGGAGAGUGGAGGAGGGCAGAGCAAGUCAAUGCUGGGUUACUUUUUCUCGUUGCUGUUGUUGUGUUUGCAUUGAAGGUUGGAUCAAUCUUCACGCUCCUCUCUAGCGCCUCGUGGACACAUUUACCCUUGGUCCGCGCAUUCAAGCGAAUCGGUAGCUUCGCCCAAAAUGGAGACGAAGAUGCCAGAGCAACGAUGAGGAGACUCAUCGAAGGCGGUUCUGUGGAAGAGCCAUACCUCGAUGAUCCAGAGGCUGCUAGGGCAAAUGAAAAUGGGAACCACGGCCCCAGAGUCCAGCCAUCUGCCCUUGGCGAGACAUCUAAUGAAUGGGCCGAUGAUGAUGAGUCGGGCGCUAGGGAUGCGCAAGUUAGUUCUUAA